CGGGCGCAAUGGUGAGUGGAUGGAUAUGCUCGCGUCUGGAGAGGGGGCGGGGCCACCGCGCUCUGCUCAUGAAUAUGGAGGCGCAGCGCCCCGCGGACACUCCCCUCCAUGUUGAACUUGUGUAGCCAGCUCCAGCCCGGACCAGCAGUCAGUCAGUCAGUCAGUCAACAGUGGGUUCGGCUGCCGCAUGGCUACUGUGCAAACUUUUCUCCAGCGACGAGUGGAAACCGUGGGAUAACGAAGAGGCGCAAGACGCUCGGAGAAGGCUGCGGGACAACGACGAGCGCACGAGGUCGUCCGUGUGAACCGGGAACCUGCGCUCCGCUGGUCGAAGUGUCGUUUCCCCACUCGUGCAUGUUCAAAGCAGAGGAGAGCUCUGGUGCCGUGAGUCGGCCGGACGACUAGUAACGAACGAGUGGCCACAGCAGUCCGGAGGCAUGAUUCUGAGACGGGGCUCGGUCGUCGCUGCCUUUUUACUCUGCUUUCUUGCCAAGGUGUCGGAGGCGAAGGGCCAGUUCGAGCUGCAGAUCUCGUCGAUGCACAAUGCGAACGGGGAGCUGCUGAGCGGCGCGUGCUGCGACGGCGCGCGCAACGCGGGGGAUCGGAAGUGCGCGCGGGACGAGUGCGAUACGUUUUUCAAAGUUUGCCUGAAGGAAUACCAGUCGAGGGUGUCCGCCGCGGGGCCCUGCAGCUUCGGCAUGGGAUCUACGCCCGUCCUCGGAGGGAAUACCUUUUCUUUCAGGAGCUCUGUGAGGAAUGACAAAUCCAGGAUAGUUUUGCCCUUCAGAUUUGCCUGGCCGAGGUCCUACACUUUGAUUGUGGAAGCCUUGGACUUCAGCAAUGAAACCAGUGGAGCAGAUGGAAAACUGAUAGAGAAAGCCUCUCAUUCCGGCAUGAUCAACCCCAGCCCGCACUGGCAGAAGCUGACUCACAACGGCCCUGUGGCCCAGUUUGAGUACCAGAUCCGGGUCAGCUGCGACGAGCACUACUAUGGCUUCGGCUGCAACAAGUUUUGCAGGCCACGGGACGACUUCUUCGGGCAUUACACAUGCGACUACAAUGGAAACAAGACGUGUCUGGAAGGCUGGUCCGGACCUGACUGCAACACAGCUAUAUGUCGACAAGGCUGCAGCACUGAACAUGGAUCAUGUAAGGAGCCAGGAGGAUGCAAGUGUCUAUAUGGCUGGCAGGGUCAGUAUUGUGACAAGUGCAUCCCCCACCCAGGAUGUGUUCAUGGCACCUGCGUCGAGCCCUGGCAGUGCCUAUGUGACACCAACUGGGGCGGCCACCUUUGUGAUAAAGAUCUGAACUACUGUGGCACUCACCAGCCCUGUCUGAACGGAGGGACGUGUAUCAACACGGGACCGGACAAGUACCAGUGCACCUGUGCUGAUGGUUACUCUGGUGCAAACUGCGAGAGAGCGGAACACGCCUGUCUGUCCAAUCCGUGCUCUAACGGAGGAAGCUGCUCAGAAACAGCUCAAGGCUACGAAUGUCAGUGUGCGCUCGGCUGGAGCGGCCCCUCCUGCACCAUCAAUGUCGACGACUGCUCUUCAAACCCCUGUAACCACGGUGGGACCUGCCAGGACCUGGUCAAUGGCUACAAGUGUCAUUGUCCCUCACAGUGGACGGGGAAGACAUGUUUGAUCGAUGCCAACGAAUGUGAUAGCAAGCCCUGUCUCAAUGCCAACUCGUGCCGCAACCUCAUUGGUGGAUACUUCUGCGAGUGUGUCCCUGGUUGGACGGGGCAGAACUGCGACAUCGAUAUAAACGACUGCAAGGACCAGUGCCAGAAUGGGGGAACUUGCAAGGACUUGGUGAACGGGUAUCGUUGCAUGUGCCCCCCUGGCUUCGCCGGCGAGCACUGCGAGAGAGACAUCGAUGAGUGUACGAGUUCACCGUGUCUGAACGACGGGCGCUGCCAGGACGAAGUGAACGGCUUCCAGUGCCUGUGUCUGGCUGGCUUCUCAGGAAAUCUCUGCCAGCUGGAUAUCGAUUACUGCUUGCCCAACCCGUGUCAGAAUGGAGCGCCCUGCUUCAACCUGGCCACAGACUACUUCUGCGCGUGCCCAGAGGACUACGAGGGCAAAAAUUGCUCUCACCUCAAAGACCACUGUCGCACCACCACGUGUAAAGUGAUCGACAGCUGCACAGUCGCUGUGGCAUCCAACAGCACACCGGGAGGAGAGCGUUACAUUUCGUCGAAUGUGUGUGGACCUCACGGCCGUUGCCGGAGUCAGGCUGGAGGCCAGUUCAGCUGCGAAUGCCAGGAGGGGUUCAGAGGCACCUACUGUCACGAGAACAUCAAUGACUGCGAGAGCAACCCAUGCCGCAACGGAGGUACCUGCAUCGACAAAGUCAGCGUGUACCAGUGCAUCUGUGGCGAUGGCUGGGAGGGCGACCACUGUGAGAUCAACAUCGACGACUGCAGCACCAACCCCUGUCAUAAUGGAGGGACAUGUCGAGACCUGGUGACUGACUUUUUCUGCGAGUGUAAGAACGGCUGGAAGGGAAAGACAUGCCACUCCCGCGAAAGUCAGUGUGAUGAAGCUACAUGCAACAAUGGUGGCACCUGCCAUGAUGAGGGCGACACGUUCCAGUGCAAGUGUUCGCCAGGCUGGGAGGGUACGACAUGCAACAUAGCCAAAAACUCAAGUUGUCUCCCGAACCCUUGUGAGAAUGGAGGUACCUGCGUAGUGGCCGGGGAGUCGUUCACCUGCGUCUGCAAGGAAGGCUGGGAGGGACCCACGUGCACCCAGAAUACCAACGACUGCAGUCCACACCCAUGUUACAACAGUGGAACCUGUGUUGACGGGGAUAACUGGUACCGCUGCGAGUGUGCCCCAGGCUUCGCGGGUCCAGACUGUCGGAUCAAUAUUAAUGAGUGCCAGUCCUCUCCAUGUGCCUUUGGCUCCACUUGUGUGGAUGAGAUCAACGGAUAUCGCUGCGUGUGUCCACCGGACCGGAGCGGGCCACACUGUCACGAAGUGACAAGAAAACCUUGCUCUGUUGGCGGACAUAUCACCCCUGACGGAGUCAAGUGGGAGGAGGACUGCAACACUUGCCACUGUUCCAAUGGGAAAGUUGUGUGCACAAGGAUGUGGUGUGGCCCUGUGUCAUGCAAACUGAGUGCCAAAGGUCAAGGCGGGUGUCCCUCAGGUCAAAGCUGCAUCCCCAUCAGGGAGGGCCACUGCUUUGUGAAGCCCUGCCUCGACUUUGGAGAGUGCUGGCGCUCCAACCCUCCCCCGCCUCUCACCAAAUGCCACCCCAGCUCCAGUUACCCGGACAACAGCUGUGCCAACAUCACAUUCACCUUCAACAAGGAGAUCAUGCCUCGAGGCUUGACUGUGGAGGAAGUGUGUAAGCAGCUGAGGCACUUGUAUGUGGUGAAGAAUUUCUCCUUGGAGCAUUCUGUGUCCAUAACUUGUGACCCCUCAUUCUCAGCCAGCAAUGAGAUCCACGUCUGCAUCGCUACAGAGGAUCAUCGCCUGGACCAGAGCCCCAUUAAAGAGAUCACAGACAGGAUAAUCGACCUGGUCAGCAAGCGCAACGGCAACAACACCAUCAUCUCUGCCAUUGCAGAAGUGCGCAUGCCAAGCCCCAGCAAAACUGACUACCUUGUGCCCCUCCUCAGCUCUGUCUUCAUCGUCAUCUGGGUCCUCGUGCUGGUUUCCAUUUUGCUGUGGUGCAUGCGACGUCGGCGGAAACAGAGCAGCCACGGUGUCUCGGCGGCGGCUGUGGCCGAGGACAACACGACUAACAAUGUGCGGGAGCAGCUCAACCAGAUCAAGAACCCUAUAGAGAAGCACGUGGGCCUCACAGUGGCCAUCAAAGACUACGAAAACAAGAACUCCAUCAUUGCCAAAAUAAGGACAAAUAAUCCCGAGGGGGAUGAGGACGACAAGGAGAGGCACUUGCAGAAGGGCCGCUUUGCCAAACAGCCAGCAUACACACUGGUGGAGAGGGACGAGAAGACGCCCAUCUCCACAUCCAAACACCCUAAUUGGACUAAUAAACAGGACAACAGAGACUUGGAGACAGCAAACAGCAUUAACAGGAUGGACUACAUUGUAUAGCAGACAGCUGUGUUGCUGUGCAACCAAGCCUUACGCCUUCACACCCCGGUGGUGGGUGAGACGGGGGAGCUUCGGCAUGUGUAGUUAGUAAACUGUCGUGUCAGUCGUGACCCCACAGUAUUUUCAGAUAUUCCCCGUGUUAAUUUAAGUUUUGACAAGCUGGCUUACACUGGCAGUGACAGUUGCUUUGGUUGGCUGGAAAACACAAGGCACUGGUAUACAUUUCACUGUAGAACUAGUUGCAGAAGUGUCUUCCUAUGCAUUUCAUUUCCCUUUCUUUAUUUCUUUUAUUUAGUGGACACAUGGAAGGGGCUCCUGGUGUAAUUGUUGUACAAUGACUAAAACUAUGUGACGUGUUCAACACUAGAGCUAAUUAUUUUUAAUAAGUGUUUGAAAUUCUUUCUAGUUCCGUUUGGAGAAAGUGCCUUUUUUCAGCUUUAGACUUCAGCAACUGUCAAAUGAAAAAGAAAAAAAAAAGAUCAACUUUAUUAUUUAUUUUUAUUUUUUGGGUGGGGCUGGGGAGGGACGGGAUCGAUGUCAGCAGUUGCUGCCAAUAUGAAGAAUUUAUGUGUCGAUUUAGAACAUGUAGAUAUGUACAUUUUUUUUAUUAAUCAUUGUGUAUAUUUGAUUUAUUAACUUAAUAAUCAAGAGCCUUAAGAUAUCAUUCCUUUUUAUUUAUGUCUAGUUUGAAGGUUUUGAUAGCUGUGGAAGCCUACCAUUUAUUUCAGUGACUUAAUUGUUUUUCAGCAAAUUCUAUAAAAGACAAAUUUCAAAGAAGACAAAAGAUGGGCACUAUGGGGCCUAAAAGAAAUACUUUUUUUUGGUUCGUUUGUUCUUCCACAGAUUUUCAUUUCAUGACUUGCUGCCAGGACCUUGAUUUGAAGGCAAGUGAGGUUAGGUCGACAAAAGAUCACGGCUGCUGCGAGGGAUGGACAUGGUGGCAGACAUAUUGCUUGCCACUAAUGGUUAAAAUACUUAAGGGAACAAAAAAAACAAAGAACCUUCAGCAGCUUCACUUUAACCCAUUGACAAAUUUCAAAGGCUGUCAAAAUCCACCAGCUUGCAAUGCAAGUCACACCAAUAGAGACACGCCAGGAUUCCCAUCUGCUUUAGUCAGCGUAAUAUCAUAAGCUAGACCACGAGUACUUGAACAGUAGGGGGGCGAUGGGAACACUGUAGAGUCAGAUAAGAUACACUGCCUUGCUCUGCAAGAGUCCGCUUUGUUUCUGUGCACAUUUGUUUCUUUUCUUUUUUCUUUUUUUUUUUUUUUAAAAAAUGAGGCUCUUAAAGACAAACAUGUUUUAUCUCAUUUGUUAAACCCUUUGAGAUCAUGGCAACAUUUUGUCCAAUUUUUUUGACUUUGUGUUAUGAACUUGAGAAUUAUGUGUUGAUCUGGCAAUAUAUUUUUGAAAGUCAUAUUUAUUAAAUAUUUUGUAUGAAAAGAGAAUUAAAGUUGUCUUUUUUCUGGA